ACAAUCGGUCGAUAACCAAAACAAAACAUCUGCGGGGCCGCGUCACACGUGCAAUUUAUGCGACUUUUUUGCAAAAUAUGAAGCCAAAGAAGAAGCUGGGAGUCGGACUUAGCCGGGAGGAGCGCCAGGUGCUGGUCAUCGGUGAAAUAAUUCAGGAGCUGCUUCAGGCGCACGAAGCUAAGAAGGAUGUUAACCUGAACAGGAUGAAGUCGCUGGUCUCCUCCAAAUACGGACUCGACAGCUCGCCCCGCUUGGUGGACAUUAUCGCAGCCGUGCCGCAGGACGCCAAAAAGAUCCUGCUCCCCAAACUGCGGGCCAAGCCCAUUCGCACAGCAAGUGGCAUUGCCGUGGUGGCUGUCAUGUGCAAGCCGCAUCGCUGUCCGCACAUUAACAUGACGGGUAACAUCUGCGUCUACUGUCCUGGCGGACCAGAUAGCGACUUUGAGUACUCGACGCAAUCGUACACGGGCUAUGAGCCCACGUCGAUGCGGGCAAUCCGGGCGCGAUACGAUCCCUUUCUGCAAACCCGGCACCGUGUCGAGCAGCUGAAACAACUGGGCCAUAGUGUGGACAAGGUGGAGUUCAUUGUAAUGGGCGGCACGUUCAUGUGUUUGGCAGAAGAGUACCGCGACUACUUUAUCCGCAAUCUGCACGACGCCCUUUCCGGUCACAGUAGCGCCAACGUGGCGGAGGCAGUUCGUUACUCCGAGAAGUCACGAACCAAAUGCAUUGGCAUCACGAUCGAGACCCGGCCCGAUUACUGUCUCAAGCGGCAUAUCUCGGAUAUGCUCAACUAUGGAUGCACACGCUUGGAGAUUGGAGUUCAGUCCGUUUACGAGGACGUGGCGAGGGAUACGAAUCGAGGUCACACCGUCCGGGCAGUGUGUGAGAGUUUUCAGCUGGGCAAGGAUGCCGGAUACAAGAUCGUGGCACACAUGAUGCCCGAUCUGCCGAACGUUGACUUUGAGCGCGAUAUCGAGCAGUUCAUUGAAUACUUUGAGAAUCCCGCCUUCCGAUCUGACGGCCUGAAGAUCUACCCUACACUGGUCAUCCGCGGCACCGGGCUGUAUGAGCUGUGGAAGACGGGGCGCUACAAGUCCUAUCCGCCAUCAAUGCUAGUUGAUCUGGUGGCCAAGAUCCUGGCACUCGUUCCACCCUGGACUCGCGUCUACCGCGUACAGCGUGACAUUCCUAUGCCGCUGGUUAGUUCUGGUGUAGAGCACGGAAAUCUUCGCGAACUGGCGCUGGCCCGCAUGAAGGACCUGGGCACGACGUGUCGUGACGUGAGGACGCGUGAAGUAGGAAUCCAAGAGAUUCACAACAAGGUACGUCCGUAUGAAAUUGAAUUAAUACGGCGCGACUACGUAGCCAACGGCGGGUGGGAAACGUUUCUCUCAUAUGAAGAUCCCGAGCAAGACAUUUUGGUCGGUCUGCUCAGACUGCGUAAGUGCUCACCGGACACUUUCCGGCCCGAACUAAAAGGUGCAUGCUCCAUUGUUCGCGAACUGCACGUAUAUGGGUCGGUGGUGCCAGUUAAUGCUCGGGAUCCCACAAAGUUCCAGCACCAGGGCUUCGGAAUGCUGCUAAUGGAGGAGGCAGAACGAAUUUCUCGCGAGGAGCACGGUAGCACAAAAUUGGCGGUUAUAUCGGGAGUGGGCACAAGGAACUAUUACCGCAAGCUGGGCUAUGAGCUGGAUGGGCCAUACAUGUCCAAGAGCAUAGCUUAAUAUGGAAAUACUUUGAUAAUAGCCGGCCUUAAAUAAAUAAA